AUGAAUGCUCAUGUUUUUGGCACCAGUGAACCGAUGUCGUUUCAGGAUGUUCCGGCACCGACACCCGCGGUGGAGUUCUGCCGCAGUUCCAGCUACCGCAACAUUUUCUUGGCGGAGAAUUGGGCCGAGCUGCCGUUGAAGGAGGACGACGCUGAUGAUAUGGUAAUCUACGGCGUUUUGCGCGAAGCCGCCACCAAGGGAUGGUUCCCCGCCAGUGACAGUGGGGUGAAAGUGGAAAAUGAGAGUGAAAAUAGUGUUACUGUGGCGGAGCGUGAGACUCACGUGCAGCCAAGGAAAGGGGUGAGUUACCGGGGCGUGCGGAGGAGGCCGUGGGGUAAGUACGCGGCUGAGAUAAGGGAUCCUAAGAGGAACGGCGUGAGAGUGUGGCUUGGAACUUAUGAAACGGCUGAAGAUGCAGCAUUGGCUUAUGAUAGAGCCGCGUUUAAAAUGCGCGGCUCGAAAGCCAAGCUGAAUUUUCCUCAUUUGGUUGGGUCCGAUCAAGCCGAGCCAGUUAGGAUUACACUGAAGAGGCGUUCACCAGAUGUUGGUUUGUCUCGCCCUUCGCCGUCUGUAGUGGCUGCUAAGCGGAGUAAAGAUGGCUCUUUAGCGGCUUUGGAGCUGGAUGGCUCAAAUGUGUGGCAGUUUUCUAUUGACAUGAAUAGGUGGCAAUAA